GGCUGAAUCUGCAAGCCCGAGGAGAUCCCAGCACAAUGUCCAUAGAGAAGAUCUGGGCCCGGGAGAUCUUGGAUUCCCGUGGGAAUCCCACGGUGGAGGUGGACCUCCAUACUGCGAAAGGUCUCUUCCGGGCAGCAGUGCCCAGUGGUGCCUCAACGGGCAUCUAUGAGGCCCUGGAGCUGAGGGAUGGAGACAAGCAGCGUUACUUAGGCAAAGGUGUCCUGAAGGCAGUGGAGCACAUCAACAGCACCAUCGCACCUGCCCUCAUCAGCUCAGGUCUGUCUGUGGUGGAGCAAGAGAAACUGGACAACCUGAUGCUGGAGCUGGAUGGGACCGAGAACAAAUCCAAGUUUGGGGCCAAUGCCAUCCUGGGUGUGUCCCUGGCUGUGUGUAAGGCAGGGGCAGCUGAGCGGGAAUUGCCCCUAUAUCGCCACAUUGCUCAGCUGGCCGGGAACUCAGACCUCAUCCUGCCUGUGCCGGCCUUCAAUGUGAUCAAUGGCGGCUCUCAUGCUGGGAACAAGCUGGCCAUGCAGGAGUUCAUGAUCCUCCCCGUGGGUGCCGAGAGCUUCCGAGAUGCCAUGCGACUGGGGGCAGAGGUCUACCACACCCUCAAGGGGGUCAUCAAGGACAAGUACGGCAAGGAUGCCACCAACGUGGGGGAUGAGGGGGGCUUUGCUCCCAACAUCCUGGAGAACAGCGAAGCCUUGGAGCUGGUCAAGGAGGCCAUCGACAAGGCUGGCUACACGGAGAAGAUCGUCAUUGGCAUGGAUGUCGCCGCCUCAGAGUUUUACCGUGAUGGCAAAUAUGACCUGGACUUCAAGUCACCUGCCGAUCCCUCCCGAUAUAUCACUGGGGACCAGCUGGGGGCGCUCUACCAGGACUUUGUCAGGGACUAUCCUGUGGUCUCCAUUGAGGACCCGUUCGACCAGGACGAUUGGGCAGCCUGGUCUAAGUUCACAGCCAACGUGGGGAUCCAGAUUGUGGGUGAUGACCUGACUGUCACCAACCCAAAGCGUAUUGAACGGGCAGUGGAGGAAAAGGCCUGCAACUGCCUGCUGCUCAAGGUCAACCAGAUCGGCUCUGUCACUGAAGCCAUCCAAGCGUGCAAGCUGGCCCAGGAGAACGGCUGGGGGGUCAUGGUGAGCCAUCGCUCGGGGGAGACUGAGGACACGUUCAUUGCCGACCUGGUGGUGGGGCUGUGCACAGGCCAGAUCAAGACUGGGGCCCCAUGCCGCUCGGAGCGUCUGGCUAAGUACAACCAACUGAUGAGAAUUGAAGAAGAGCUGGGAGAUGAAGCUCGCUUCGCUGGACAUAAUUUCCGCAACCCCAGCGUGCUGUGAUCCCUCUCCUUGCCUGGAGACUUGGAGUCUUCGUCCCACCCUCCUGGAGCCUCUUGCUGUCCUGAUAGUUCACCUGCUGCGGUCCCUGGAGCCCCACGGCCCCCAGAGCAUCCCCACUGCCCUGCUCCAGCUGCUCCUGGCUUCCUUCCCAACCCCUUGCUAUCUCCCCGCCCCUCCUCUCUGCCCCCACUCCUUGGGGUUCCACAUUCUCCACUUC